UUACUUAUGACCAUCCAGAUCCCGCGGGUGCGUGCUACGGUCUACAAGUAUUCGCUGCCUCCGAGUCGUCGCUUUGCAAAGUCAGCAGGUGUCGUUAUUGUAGACACUUUGUGUGCAACACACAACAUGCAGAGCCAGAAAUUUGACCCAAAGUCAAUUUCUCCUCAUUCUCUGACACGAUUAGUGUACUGCAGAACAUGGUUCCAAGCAGCUCCUACGAACCAUCAUGAUCGAGCCCAUCACGCACGCCAAACGUCAAUCCUCGCGCGUCGCUCAUUACGUCGGCAACACAAUAAAUAUCUAGCUGGCCUGUUUGUCGCUCUAUCACUUCUCAUUCUAUGUUUGCUUGAAGCUCGCUAUAUACAACCAUUGCAAAAAUACACCCUGUUCGACUCUGUCAUCCCCCAAUUUACUUCAGCUCGAAGCUCGCUAUGUAUGGCCUCAUGUGGAAUCGACAGCAUUCUUGGCAUGGUUACAUUGUCCCCUGGAGACUUAGUUUUUGGCGCUGGAGUAAUGACGACAGAUGAACAACGAGCAAUAUGCAUUGCCUAUAUUCCUUCCCUCGAAGUAUUCGUGGAUCCCAUGUGUUAUGGUCGCGAUUACUACGUGUGAUGAUAUUGGGCCACAGUGACUUAUAAUCACUUUACGCAACUACCACCUUGUAACAAUGACCGGCCUUAUUUGGGUAGCCAACCAGUGAUCCCGAGUCACCAUCCGUUCCCUAUCAGCACCAACUCGUACAUUGUUCACAUAGACAAUAUUGUCUUGUUGUUCCUGUAAUUCCAGUGAUUACUAUGCACCUAAUGUGUGUCCUAGUAGGUGAGAGAAUAAAGGCGUUGCUGCCGAUGAUGCGGUGGCGACAUGACUCG